AUGCUGGUGACCUAUUUGGAAGCCAGCCGGGACCUUUGCGAGACGGACUCAAUUCUUUUUGGCGCCGCGCUGGCAGUCUGCCGUAUCAUAGGCGCCAAGGUUUCCACGGCUGGACGCGCUACUGGCCAUAGUAGCGCUAUCCCAGCAUGGAGAAGAAGAAUUGAGGAACGUAUCGCAAAGGCUAGAGCUCUCAUCGGCAGACUGAUAUGCUUCAGAUCAGGCAACAACAGGCCAAGAAUUGUGCGCACCGUCAGGAUGGCGUUUGCUGGGACAAAUGUCAGUUUGUCCCAGCCGGAUAUAACGCAAAAACUGACGGAGCGCAUAGAUGAUCUGAAGCAGAGAAUCGCUGCUUGGGGAAAGCGGAUUCGGCGAUAUACCGAGAGGUCGACACGGUUCAACCAGAAUCGUCUCUUCCAGAGUGAUCAGAAGAGGCUCUAUGAAUCAUUGGAGCGACCAAUGGUAAGUGGAACGGGUCCAGCACCGAAUCAGGCCGACACUGUAGCAUUCUGGCGCGGCCUGUGGUCAGAGCCCGUAAACCACAGCGAGGGCCCUUGGACGGAAGUUGUGGCGAGUCAGUGUGCGGGUAUUACGCCCAUGGACCCCGUCAUCAUAACGCCGGAUGACGUAGCUGAGGCGGUCCUAGGGCCCCGAACAGGAAAAGUCCGGGGCUUGACGGAGUGCAUCACUACUGGCUGA